AUGCCCAGCGUUGGCCAGGCCUUGCCGGCCACACCCUUCAACCCGUAUGCGGAUGACCCGACUGGCCUUGCUGGCUCAAGCGCGGCAUACUUUCAACAUCAAAAUGCCUACACCACCCCCCUUCAGCCCCUUCAAUACCACCUGUAUGCUCCGGUGGGACCAUACAGAGACGACUUGUUGCCAUUCCAGAGACAAGUGCACGAUUUUUUCCUACCCGAAAAGCUUCGCGAGGAAAUGCAACGCAAGUCUGAGGCCUUGCAACAGGUCAUGCCGAACUCGACGCUUCCUCCGCUUGACAACUACUACUCGCUCGUUCCUCUUGAUACCAGUCAUCGAAAGAGCUCUAGCGUUUUCGGAUACACCACCUGGGUAUACAAGGCGACGUCGUCGAAGAGCGGAAAAACUUACUGCCUCCGACGACUCGAGGGCUUCCGGUUAACCAACGAGCAAUCCAUCCGCUCGGUGAAAGAAUGGCGGAAGCUCAACAACGGGGGUGUGGUUACAAUCCACGACGCCUUUACCACUCGGGCAUUUGGCGACAGCUCUCUUUUCUUCGUUCAAGACUACCACCCUCUAUCCAAGACACUUGCGGAGGUACACUUCGCCCAACCCAACACGACUCAUGGCACCCGCUUCAACGCCAAGAACCCCAUCGCGGAAAGCGUCUUGUGGGGUUACGUAUCGCAGUUGGCGAACGCAUUGAAGGCUAUCCAUACCUUGAACUUGGCUGCACGCUGCCUCGAUAUGAGCAAGGUGAUAGUCACCGAUAAGAAUCGCAUUCGGCUUAGUGCAUGCUCCAUCCUGGAUGUGGUCCAUUUCGAAGCUCGUCGCCCGGUCCAGGAGCUACAACAAGAAGAUCUAAUUCAGUUUGGCAAGUUGAUACUUUCUUUGGCAACUAAUACGCCGCCCCAUCAGCUCACCAACCUAAAGGGGUCCAUGGAGCAGAUGAGCCGAGUGUAUUCUAAAGAGCUCACUGAUACUGUCCUGUGGCUCUUGACUCCAGCUCCAGCAGGCGCCACACCCAAGGGGAUCGAGGAAUUCGUCCGAGGCAUUGCUGUUCACAUGGUGGCAACACUGGACGCUAGCCUGCAAGAGGCUGACACGAUGAAGUCAGAAUUGUUCCGAGAAUUGGAGAACGGCCGGCUAGUGCGCUUGAUGGCCAAACUUGGCACCGUCAACGAGAGACAGGAGUUCGAUGGCGACAGGGCAUGGUCAGAAAACGGCGAACGAUAUAUGCUGAAGCUCUUCCGUGACUACGUCUUCCACCAGGUCGAUGCAAAUGGCAACCCUGUGGUGGACAUGGGCCACAUCAUCCGAUGUUUGAACAGACUUGAUGCUGGCAGUGACGACAGAAUCUGCCUCACAAGCCGAGACGAGCAGACAAGCUUCGUAGUCAGUUAUAAGGACCUGAAGAAGCAACUCAGCAACGCGUUCGGUGAACUUCUGAAGGCAGGUAAGCAAUCGACGGCACGAGGAUUCCAGGGAUCCUCUCACUAG